UUCACCGCCGGGGCAUCUUUGUGGCCUCCUUCAGGUGGGCCGAGGGGAGGGGGAUGGCAGAAAGACCGGUCCCCAAGAAGCCCUUCUCGCUGCUGGCCACGGGUGCGGGCUGGGCCCAGGCCCUGGUGAUUUUCUGGAGCAACCAGUACGCCUGGCUUCUGGGGGUGCCGGGCCUCCGUCGGGCUUACCACCUCUGGCUGGCGGUCGUGGUCAUUUUUGGGCCCCUGCUCCAGUUCUACGUGAAUCCCCAGGCUAUCUUUGCCAACCAUCACAACUUCUUUAACAUAAAAUUCGUCCGAUCCGCCUGGAGCUGGAGCUGCAUUUUCCUCGGCGGCUUCAUCCUUCUAGUGGUCUACCUUGCCACCCACCAGAUCUUGCUCACCUUCCGACAUCUGGCCCGCUUGGCGGUGGGCGCCGGCCUCUGGCUAGGUGCCACCGAAGCCUUCCUGUUAAUCGAGAACCUGACGGGCUACUGCUUCGACCCCGUGCCGGAGGGGAUCCUGGUCAACAACCUGCCGGACAAGUGGACAUGUCUGCACAAUAGCCACAAAUGGCACGGCUAUGACGUCUCGGAUCACACUUUCCUGCUGACCUUCUGUUGCCUGCUGAUGGUGGAAGAGACGGCCAUCUUCCGGCGUUACCUGGCCCAGGGUCACCCCGCCGGGGUCCCGCUGCGCCUCAUUUUUCUGCUCAACGUCCUCCUCCUCCUGCUCUGGAACUUCCUGCUGGCGUGCACGGUGGUCUACCUGUACGAUUACAGCCACAAAAUUGUGGGAGCCGCCAUCGCCACCCUGUGCUGGUUCCUCACCUACCGAUGUUGGUACCGCUGCCCGUGCUCUCCGGGGAGACCCGGGGCCGGCCUCUUUCUUCGGGGAAGCCCGAAAGAGGCCCUGAGGCAGAACUGAACGCCUGCCAUAAGUCAGGGCGCUCCGUCGGUUGGUCCAAAUAAAGGGAGGACGCUUUCCAAA